UUCCGUAAACUCAUCAUCCUCAUUCGCGAGCCGAGCUCCUGUUCAACGAAAUUGUGAUUUUUUCCUCCAGAAUUACUAGCAGCAACACACGAUCCAACUUGAGAACAAUGUACGCCCCAGGAGGUAAUCAAUUUCUUGGUGGCCCGUUCUGGAGCAACGGUCCUGCACCCGGUGCGUUCUACAACUUCCCAGGCGGAGCUGCUGCGACGGCGAGCGGGAUGCAAGCACAAACAGAAACUCCCGGCCAGUUUGGUACCCAGCGAUCCUACCAACCCGUUACUACCGGAUCUUCCGUGGUGGGGCUCAUGUUCCAGGAUGGUGUUGUGAUUGCGGCGGAUAAGCUGAUUUCGUACGGCUCGUUGGCCCGGUUCCACGAUGUUGAUCGUGUGUAUCGCAUCAACGAUAAGACGAUCCUCGGUAUCGGGGGCGAUUUCGCCGAUUUCCAGUACAUCAAGCGACACAUCGACCAGAAGGUUAUCGACGAUCAGUGCCUGGACGAUAAGAACGAGAUGAAACCGCGCUCGUUCUACAACUGGCUCACGCGCGUCAUGUACAAUCGCCGCUCGGACUUCAAUCCGCUGUACCUCGAUCUCGUGAUCGGUGGCAUGCAGGACGGUGAACCAUUCCUUGGGCACGUGAAUCUGCGGGGCCGCUCGUACACUAGCAACGUGGUGGCAACGGGCUACGGUACCCAUCUUGCACUGCCGUUACUGCGCGAGUAUUCGGAAAAUCCGGCCGCCUACCAAACGCUGAAGCAACCGCAGGCCACCGAUCUGAUGAAGCGCGUUAUGGAGGUACUGUGGUACCGCGAUUGCCGCAGUGAUCCCAAGUACUCGCAGGCCAUCUGCACGACCGCCGGUGUACAGCUUGAUGCCGAUUGCUUCGUAGCCCAAAACUGGGACCUGGCACAUACAAUCAAGGGCUACUAAGAUGUGGCGGAUGUAUUGUCACAUUUUUCUCCGUUCGUGAAUAAAUUCAAAACUCUUCUAAUGAA